GGGAGGAGGGACACAGAGAAGAGAGAGAGAGAGAGAGAGAAAGAGAGGGAGAGGGAGGGGAAGGAAGCAAACGAGAGGAGAAAGUGGAAGCAAGAGAGUGUCAGUGAAAGAAGCCAGUCUGACUGCACAGAAAAGGCGCUCGGCAAACAGCGCGCACUCAUUGAGUCAGUUAUAUUCUGAACACGGAGAGCUGGUGCAUUUGAGCUCGAGAAAACAGUUUUCAGUGCAGGGAGACAGCACAGAGACAGACAGAAACAGAGGAAGUGGAGUGAACAGAGAAGAGGAGAGGAGAGGAGAGCUUCUGCGUGGAGAGAUGGACUCAGAUUCUGGGGAUCAGAGUGAAGGAGAGCUCUCUCCAGGGCAAGAGAGCUUCAACUCCAAGAGUUUGGCCCUUCAGGCCCAAAAGAAGAUCUUGAGUAAAAUGGCCACCAUGGUGGUGGCCAACCUCCUCACGGACGAUACCAGCAGCGAGAUUCUGGACGAACUCUACAGGGCCAGUCGUGAAUACACCAAGAGCAAGAAGGAAGCCCACAAGAUCAUCAAGGAUGUGAUCAAGAUCGCCCUGAAGAUUGGCAUUCUCUACCGAAACCACCAGUUCAGUCCCGACGAGAUGGAGACGGUCGAGCGCUUCAAGAAGAAGAUGAACCAGGCGGCCAUGACGGUGGUGAGCUUUUACGAGGUGGAGUACACGUUCGACCGUGGCAUUCUUUCCGAGCUGCUGAUGGAAUGUAGGGACCUUCUCCACGAGCUGGUGGAGCACCACUUGACCGCACGCUCCCACGCGCGGAUCGACCACGUUUUCAACCAUUUCGCGGAUGUGGAUUUCCUGACCGAGCUCUACGGCCCGUCUGAAGACUACAGACUUAACCUGAGGAAGAUCUGCGACGGGAUAAACAAACUCCUAGACGAGGGCACGCUUUAACCUCCAGCUCACAGUUGGUCUUCGUGUGAGACUCCGUCAGGCUACUGGGAUUUGAGCUGCGGGAUUUUACGCAACUUGUGUUCUUCGGUUUUUGUUCGAAAUGUAGGCUGUCAUGAUAACUUGAUGAUGUGAUUGUAACCCAACCUGUAGGGAUGGUCAACCAAAUGCAGAUUAAAGUCAAAUCCUGGUCUGUAUUGUCAACGUACCAGAUGAUUGUUUGGGGGAAAUCCGUUUAAGCGGAGAACCCGAAUGAAUCGGUGUCCGAAAACCUGUCCUUUGUGUGCAAUCGCAGGAACGUUUUAAAUUACGAGCUCCUUUAUAUGCACUGUAUGACAUUUGACCUACCUAUCCUUUAAGAAUGGCCUAGCAAUGCAACCCUAGCUUUCUUCUGUACGUCCAUAAGAACCAGUUAAGAUAUCCAGUUAAUCUACUCGUAAGUUAAAGGAACAUCGUUCAUCCCAAAAUGAACAUUUUGUCGUUUACUCAACCUUAAGUUCCAAACCUGUAUGGCUUCAUUUUUAUUGUGAGAUGCUUAGCGUAAUCAAUCAAAGUGUUAUUUUUAUCUAUUUAUUUAUUGCCAUAACAACCUAGUUGUUUGGAAUUUUACUUGGUGAGCUCAUCAACAAUGAUAUCAUACAUUGAAAAAACAAAAAAAACAGGAACAUGAAGAACAUGAACGACCAUACUAUAAGUACUGUUCAAAAACGUGGACUUUGGUAUAAUCUGUAAGAAUAUAAAAAAGGUAUUUUCACAGAUUAUUUUCCCUUCUGCCUCUUCUAACAAAUGUUUCAUCAUACAAUUUGGUGCAAAUCAAUCAGUUAUGAUGCAAAGAUGCAAAAAACAAUUUGGUAUUAUUGAUGGCAACGUGUUCUUACAACAUACAUGAAUGUGAAUCAACGUUGUCAGUUUUAAAGCUUGGCGGAGUCUGUCUCCAUUCACAUUCUUGGAUUCUUUAAAAGAAAUAAAGUCAUACAGGUUUAGAACGAGGUAAGGCCAAGUAAAUGAUGAUGAAAUGUAUAUAUUUUCUGAAGAACUGUCCCUUUCAGAUUUAAAAAGCGAUGAGAGCUUAACAAAAAUAUAUGGCGCAAACCUUUGUUGAACAGAGCAUUCGCCAAAAAUGAAAACAUAACUGAAGUGCAGCAGAAAGAUUGUAAAUAAACUUUGGGGUUUUGGUCUUCUGUCUUUUGCCUUUGUAAUGACU